UUAAGCCCAAUAUCUGUGGGUGUCAAUGGGGUUAUAAAAUGUCAUCAGAUAAUGUAUGUCAACCUGUUUGUAAAAACGACUGUCCUCAACAUGCCACUUGUAGUGAACCCAAUAGAUGUACCUGCAACAAAGGCUAUAAGCUGCUAGAGCUAGAAUGUCUACCAGUUUGCGAGAAAGCCUGUCCAGAACAUGCCAGCUGUAGUGAGCCCAAUAAAUGCCAAUGUGAGGCUGGUUAUCAAAUGUCAGCAGAAAAUGUGUGCCAACCUAUUUGUGAAAACGAAUGUCCUCAACAUGCCACUUGUAGUGAACCUAAUAAAUGCACCUGCAACAAAGGCUAUGAGCUGCUAGAGCAACAAUGUCAACCGGUUUGUGAGAAAGCCUGUCCAGAACAUGCCAGCUGUAGUGAGCCCAAUAAAUGUCAAUGUGAAGCUGGUUAUCAAUUGAAAUUAUCCUCCAUAUAUAAUCUAUUCUGUGAACCGGUUUGUCAAGCCAACUGUACCACAUUUGGUAAAUGUGUACAGCCCAAUAUAUGCGAAUGUUUAGAAGGUUGAAUGGAUGAGCUGGAGGUAUGUCAACCGAUUUGUAGUAAAGGCUGUAAAAAUGGUUUAUGUUUUCAACCUGAAAUCUGUAUCUGUAAUCCGGGCUAUUUAAUGGGUCCGCAAGAAGAAUGUGAACCAUUCUGUUCGUUGCACUGUCAAAAUGGUUCUUGCAUUGAGCCAGAAAUAUGUCAGUGUCAUGAGGGUUAUAAAUUCAAAAAUAACUCUAUAAAUAUAUGUGAACCCCUAUGUGAUCCUCCGUGUAUAAAUGGUAUUUGUGUGGCACCAAAUGUUUGUAUAUGCCAUGAAAAUUAUGAACCCACAACAACUGAAAAGGGACUAAACCAUCACAAUUGUCAAGUAUUAGCCAGCACCACUAUUACUACUACAAUACAACCGGAAUACGAAACCAGCACCCACCAACCAGAGUCUACCACUCACACAUUAACUACCCUAACAGCACUAGAUCUCACCAGCACCCUAAAUCCCGAUCAAUUAAGACAAACUUCAGCCAGCACCUUAGUCUCGGCCGAUAUAUGCAAUGCUCGUUGCCAUUGUUGGCAAGAGUUUGAUGAAUAUGGUCCUUUGGUAACAAAGCAAUGUGUACGUUUAUGUGUAGAUGCCUUUGACAAACCCUGUCUAGAUUUAAAUCGUUGUCAAUGUGAUGACGCCAAAAAUCAUCUAAUCUGUCACGAUUCGGAUGAUUCCAUGGAACAGGACGACGAUCCCCUUUUCUAUAUGUGUAAUCUAGAACGUUUUCAAGCUACUACCUUUAAACCGCUAAACGAUGGCGUAAGUAGUGACAUGAAAAGUGUACAACCGGAAACAGAGUCAAGAUUUCCUUGGUGGUGGCCCGCCACAGCGGCAGUUUUCGUUGUUCUAAAGUGUAAUUGGGGGAUUGUUAUAUCAAAUUCCACACAAAUGUUAACAACAAAGCUUAGACUAGGGCAGUGGACUAAACAUUUAAGUUUUUUAGUAUUUAUAUGUUUAGUAGCAAAUCAGGUCCAUAGAGUACAACCGGAAACAGAUGAUGUCGAUUAUGAUAUUUCGGAUACUUAUAUAGUGCAACGUCCUCCCUACAAAAUGGAUCCAACCUAUAGAAAUCCCUAUAAACCAGUUAGUAAACAUACACAACGCAAAAACAAACCGCGACAUUUUGCCAGCACUACCGAAUCGCUGUGUGUGAGAAAUUUGAAGAAGAAAAAGGCCGAAGAGGAAAGAGAAAAUCCACCCAAAAAGGUGGUGAUAAGUGGUAAUCGUUGGCAUGGACCGGUACAAUACGGUGAAUAUAUGUGGAAAACUAAAAAGCAAGAAAAACGUACUAAUAGAUUAAGACCUAUAUCGCAGAUUGAGAGAAAGUUGCAUAAGUGCUAUAAAUGGGUUAACUCCAAGGAACUUAAACAGUAUGAAUGGCCAGCCAUUAUACAAACUAUAGAAAGUAAAGAUUUAUAUCAUAUCGAAAUUUGUUGUCCCGAUUUUGGACCUAUACGUUAUAUGGGCAAUACUUUAUGUCGUCCAUUUUGUUCAAAUUGUCGCAAUGGUGAUUGUAUUGCGCCUGAAAAGUGUCGUUGUUUCGAUGGCUUCGUUUUGACUGAUAACGAAGAGUGUGUCUUCACAUGCCCCAUUUCCUGUUUAAAUGGUCGCUGCAAUUUAUUAAAGAACACUUGUUUGUGCAAUAAUGGCUACAAGUUGGAUGAGACUAAACAAUUCUGCCGGCCGAUUUGUCGUUCCGGCUGUGGUGCUAAUCCUUUGCACAAUUGUACUGCCCCUGAGGUCUGUGGUUGUGUGAAGGGUUAUUCAUUGACCGACAAUGAUUGCCAGCCUAUAGCAAGGGGAUGAAGAGUUUUUAGAUUUUUGUAAAAAGUCUUUAAUAAAUUAAAAUUAUACUCCCGAAA